AUGGAGUGGAUCUGCGUUCUCGGCGUGUGUUUUGUAUUUAUUUACACUUUUGAUCUUAACUCUGCUCAGGACACCCUCAGUAAGAAAUCAGUUCCGUGGACUGGACCCACUUACUUGAUCUCAGUUCCUGAUGGGCUGCUCAUAGGGACUCCCAACUCUCUGGCCGUCACCCUUCUCAGCAACAGCCCUGUCAGGGUCACAGCAGAGGUGAAGCAGGCUGACACCAGCCUAGUCAAAGCAGAGGAAACCUUCACUACAGGUUUGACUGGAAUUCUGACCAUUCCUCCUAUCCCCGAAAGCUCCACCAGUUACAGCCUUCCAUACACUGUAGUGGUGAAAGGCUACCAGAGGGACAAGGAAGUCUUCACCAACACCACCACCCUCAACAUCCUAUGCACCACCUUCAUCCAGACAGAAAAGUCCACAUACCAACCUGGAGAGACUGUUAGGCUGCGUAUUCUCUCUGUCCAACCCAACGGCAGACCAUUCAAGAACAGCCUGGAUAUUGUCAUAAGGGACCCCAAAGGUAAUGUUAUCCAAAGGUGGGGCCAUGAGGAUAGCCAUGUGGGAUUUGUGUCCAAAGAAUUUCGACUGUCUGACAAUCCUAUCUUGGGGACAUGGAUAAUCAUGGCUGCAAUGACGGAGAGGGCCACCGAGACAAGCUUCACUGUGGAGGACUACAAGCCACCUCAUUUUAAAGUGCUACUCAGGACUGCUCCAGAGAUCCUUGUGGGGGAUGACAUCAUUGGGGAUGUGACUGCCCAGUUCUUCAAUGGACAGCCAGUGCAGGGAACUGUGUCCAUCUCAAUCACUCUACUCUCCGACCUCGACAACUCUGUCAACCCAUUCAACCUGAACAUAACCAAAGAGAUCAAUGGUUCAACCCAGUUUUUCUUCAGUAAGGAUGAGCUGCUUCCUGGCAGUUUAGGACUACCUAAUGAUGAAAGCAUUACCAUCUAUGUCACUGCUUGUGUCACUGCAAUAUCAACAGGAAUCACAACAAACAAGACAGUGCCAGUGAAUGUCAUCAAGGACAUUUACCAACUUGAUUUCCAAAAUCACCCACAUGUACUCAAGCCAUAUUUGCACUUCUACACUCAAUUGAGAAUAUCCAGGUAUGAUCUAAAGCCACUCAGCUUGGAGGGUCACAUGGCAUCUGUGUCAAUUGAAGUCACUCAAAAAACCUCCAGGUUGAGGGGACGUAGACAACAACAAGACGACAGCAGCAUCUCUCCUCCAACCAUGAUGGAGAUUGAGGGAGGCUUUAGGAGAUUAAUUCUCCCUGUACCAGAGGACGGGGUUGUCCUGAUCCAGCUCCUGUUAGAAGAUGACGUAGAGAUGCUUGGUAUCCAGGCCAGGUUCAUGUUCAUUGAGAAGACCUUGGAGAUAUACGACAGCAACAUCUCUCCAUCUGACUCAUACCUCCAGAUCCAACCAGUGAACCCCAUCCCUGCACAGAUUGGGGAACAACUAGAAAUAAACGUUGAGAGCACGUUCCAACUCAGUGAAAUUCACUAUCUGGUGAUGUCCAGGAAGCAGGUGGUGGAUGCUGGGACACAGGCGUCCCCCUCCUUCUCCCUCAGCCCUACAGCGGCCUGGUCACCUGAGGCCUGGGUCACAGUCUACUGGAUCCUCCCAGAUGGAGAGGUCAUCAAUGAUGUUGUAUACAUCCCCAUCGCCAAAGCCCAGCUGAACAAUGCGCCUGGGGACUUGGUGGAAAAUCUGUAUGAGAAGAUACCAAUUCAGUAUGGUUUGAGGGCGAAGGACGACCCCUUCUCUGUGUUCAAGGCUAGUAACCUGGUGGUGCUGACUGAUGCAAAUCUUAACAAGAUAGACAAAUCUAUGGAGCUUCAAAUGGAGAGGAAGGAGGAGGUGGCAGAAGAGGUGCAGGAGGCCCUGAUAGAGGCCCUGAUAGAGCAGGAACAGUGGGGGGACCAGAACUCCUCCAUGAGGCAGGACUUCAGGGAUUUCUGGCUGUGGGAGGAUGCUACCAUGAGUGCGUUGGCCCUGGACAAUGUUCAUGUGACUGAAGACAUCACUUCCUGGGUGCUGUCAAAAAACAAUGUCUACGGCCUUGCCUCCAUACCUCAAAGAAGGAUCUUGUCCCAGGAGCUCCAGCUGUCUCUGGAGGUGCCAGCUCACAUCACUAGAGGAGAGCAGCUUUUGCUGGAGGUGAGCAUCUCCAACUACCUGGACCAAGACAACGAGGUCAUGGUGUUGGUUGAGAAGAGCCAGCAGUAUGACUUUGUUUUGGAGGAUCAGGGAGACAUUACUAUGGCAAACGCACGCAGAGUAAUCAUCGAGAGUCAGGGCGAGGCCUCUAUGCUCUUUCCCAUCAUGCCACUGGAACUAGGAGAGAUGGAAAUAUCUGUACACGCCAUGUCCGCCAACUCCGAGGAUGACAUUGUCCACACCGUGCUAGUCAAGCCCGAGGGCGUCGAGUGGUCCUUCUCGGAGACUCUGUUUCUGGACAUUCCUCCAGAUAAGAGAAACCUGUCCAAAACCAUCAGCUUCUCCUUCCCCCCGGACGUAGUGCCUGGCAGCCAGAGGGCACAUGUGGCAGUGGUUGGUGAUAUCCUGGGCUUGUCCAUCAGUGGUUUAGGAUCCCUGGUUGAGAUGCCUGUCGGCUGUGGUGAACAAAACAUGAUCCUCUUCGCUCCAAACGUCUACAUUCUCCAGUACCUGGAUAAGUCCCUUAAAGCCAAUGAGAAGAUCCGCAGCAAGGCUCUGGCCAACAUGAUGUCAGGUUAUGAGCGAGAACUGUCCUACCAGCGUAAGGAUGGCUCCUUCAGUGCCUUUGGAAAUAGCGACCCUGCUGGCAGCACAUGGCUGACAGCGUACGUCCUGAAGAGCUUCCUCCAGGCCAGGCCCUUCAUGCAGAUAGACCCAGUGGUGCUCUCCAGGGCCAUGGCCUGGCUGGUGGGCCGGCAGGCGACCCAGGGAGAGUUCACCGAGGCUGGGAGGGUGAUUCACACAGAGAUGCUGGGGGGCAUGGAGGAUGGACCUGUCUCUCUCACCGCCUAUGUACUGAUGACCCUCCUGGAGGACCAGGCCUACGUGAACAUGUUCUCUGGCAAUGUUCCCUUGACCGUAAGCUACCUGGAGGCCAGAGUGAACAGUGGAGUGUCCAGCAACUACAGCUUGUGUCUGGCAGCAUACGCCCUGUCUCUAGUCAACAGCCCUGAGACUGACACUGCCCUGGCUGAACUCACCAGGAGAGCAGAUAUAAAGGAUGAGGUCAUGACCUGGAAGUCAUUUGGUGCAGCAGUGCCAGACAGUCGGCAGACGCGCUCAUCUCAGAUAGAGAUGGCGUCGUACGUCCUGCUGGCUCUGUAUAAGAGAGGCAGUGUGGUGGAGGGACUGGAGCUCAUGAAGUGGCUCAGCCAGCAGAGAACACACCUUGGGGGAUUCGGGAGCACUCAGGACACAGUAAUAGCCCUUCAGGCCCUGGAAUGCUAUGCAGCCUUCAGCGGGGCCAAUGCCAUUGACAUCAGCAUCAGAGUGUCCUCUCCAACUUCUCUCUCCCAGAACCUCUUCUUUAUUAACUCCACCUCAUACAUGCUCCAGCAGGGUCAGGAGAUUGAUGCUGACAAAGAUAUUGUCCUUGACGUGUUCACAAAGGGCAGAGGAUUUGGCUUAUUUCAGAUGAAUGUGUUCUACAAUUUGGAGAGCAAGGAUGAACUUCAACAUGCUUCAGAUCAGGAAGGCUUCUCUCUUACGGUGACUGUUUUUGAGGAUGAGAAAGAUCUGGACCAUAUGAACUUAUCCAUAUGUACUAGACUGCUGGAGAGCCAGAUCAUUCCUCGGACAGGCAUGUUGAUGCUGGAUGUGGGCAUGCUCAGUGGCUUCACCUUAGCCCCAGAUGCUGUGUCUGUGGGAGACCUGGUCAGAAAGGUUGAGAUACUGCCUGGCAGAGUCAGCAUAUACUUAGACUCACUGAACACAUCUGAGGUGUGCAUCAGCCUCCCACUUGUGAGAGUCUUCAAAGUGGCCCAUUUGCAAGCUGCUGUCGUCCAGGUGUAUGACUACUAUGAGCCAGGCCGAAGAGCAGUGAGGUCAUACAAGUCAGACAUCAUGCACAAAAUCGACGCCUGUGCCUUCUGUGGAGAGCUAUGUGGCCGCUGCAGGACUGUGAUCAGUGUCAACUCCUCCACUCAUUCAGUCAACAGCGCCACCUACACUCUGGGAUGCCUAUUUGCAAUAAUAAUUUCUGUCUUAUUGCUAUAAGAUAUGUGUGCCCACACACCGACAGCCAUUGUCCUUUGGAAAACGCAGUUUUGCUAAUAAUAACUAUUCAGUGAAUAUAUUCUACAUUAUAUACAGUACUUUAGCCAAAUAGAUAAAUGAUAAUGAAGAUACAGACUUUGAUUUCAGCUAUUAUAAUAUCAAGCACUGGAUUUUUAAAUGUACUUGUCUGGUAUUGGUAAUGUAAUACUGUACACUUUAUUAAAUGUUGACAUCCGACUGUAAAUAUUUGUUCAGAAAACUUAACUGGUUUACUAAGGCAGCUCUGUAAUUGAGAUUUAUACAUAGGAUAAGAACGCCAUGCUGUAGUAAUUGUAUUUAUGUAUGCUUAAGAAGUAGACACAUGAUGAAAAGAAUAAAAUGAAUAUAUUUUCAGCCAGAUGUUUAAGUGCAAUACCAAUUUAUCUUCAAAAUAUGAAUGCAUUGACAGACAGAAUAACUUCUGAUACAGACCUUAAGCACAUCCGGCUGGAGUUGGCUGGAGAACAAAAUAAAAGCCAUUAGCUCUCCACAUGUGUCUGUGUCUAGAGCUCUCUUCUUGGAAGAAAAGACAGACAUGUUAAGCUGGGGCAGUAAAGUUGUGAAUUAAGAUUUAUUUCAGCAGGAGUCAGUACCAGCAGUCUGUGCAUUUCAGCUUGAACUGCAAAUGAAUGACUUUUGAGGGUUCAAUAUGUUUUCACUCACGGUGAUGCAUGAUGCGUUUGGCAGCAUCUGGUCAUUGCGUGCACAGGACACCUCAAUGACUGUAUAAAUCUUGCCACUUUAGAAGGAAUGCACCUUUCAUGUCCUUUUAGGACAAGUGCUGUAGACCAGAGGAUAAACAUGGCUACCUUAUGUAAUCAUUGAGUAAACUUAUGUUUGCCAU